AUGAAGAGGCUCUUAGCUGCCGCUGGCAAGGGCGUGCCGUGCCCGAAGUUCCCGGGCGCCUCCAGCGAGCUGGUCUACACCAACAACGACUGGUACAUCAUCCACUUCGGGGAUCUCGGGAAGAUCCAUAAAGCUGCCUCCCUGGGCCAAGUCCAGAAGCUGGAGAGUAUGACGGUAAAGAAGAAAAGCAUCGACCUGAACAAAAGAGAUGCGAAGAAGAGGACUGCUCUACACUGGGCCUGUGUCAACGGUCAUGCAGAAGUAGUAACAUUUCUGGUAGACAGAAAGUGCCAACUUGAUGUCCUUGAUGGCGAAAGCAGGACACCUCUGAUCAAGGCUCUACAAUGCCAGAGGGAGGCUUGUGCAAAUAUUCUGAUAGAUUCUGGUGCUGAUGUAAAUGCUGUAGAUGUGUAUGGCAACACACCUCUCCAUUAUGCUGUUUAUAGUGAGAAUUUAUCAAUGGUGGCAAAACUGCUGUCCCAUGAUGCAGUCAUCGAAGUGCAAAACAAGGCUAGCCUCACACCUCUUUUACUGGCCAUAAUACAAAGAAAUGAGCGAAUUGUGGAAUUCUUACUGACAAAAAAUGCAAAUGCAAAUGCAGUUAAUGAGUUUAAAUGCACAGCCCUUAUGCUUGCCGUAUGUGAGGGAUCAUCAGAGAUAGUCGGCAUGCUUCUUCAGCAAAAUGUUGACAUCUUUGCUGAAGAUACGUAUGGAAUGACUGCAGAACAUUAUGCUGCUGCUUGUGGAGUUAAUUUGUAA